CACACACACACACACACACACACACACACACACACACACACACACACACACACACACACACACACACACAAUACACACACACACAAAGACACACACACACACAAAUACACACACACACAAACACAGCAAUUAGAAAAGGAGACGGGCAAGCUGUUCAAGAAGAAGAAGAAGUUUGAGGACACAGAACGCAAGACGGCACAGAAGUGCGACGACCUCACAGUGGAGAUCAAAGACCUGGAUGGACUACUGGUGCAACGACAGCAGGAGGCGGAUCAAAAGAAUGAGAAUAUGAAGGAGGCGUUUAAAGCACACGAGGCUACAGUCAAUGCACUCAAGGAAGAACUGGCCAACAAGAAGCAGAAUGCAAA